CAAUUGUCCGUUAAUUACUAUUUUUUUUUUUGGUUACUUUAAUCCGAUGGAGAACAUGGAAUCUGAAUUCGAUUAUGCUUUGCUAUAACUGUGUGUGCUUACUGAAAAGGUGCUUCAAAAGUGAAUAUACCAGAGAACUAUAAUAGUGAAGGAUUCGUAGCCUAGAAGGCAUGUUGAUUGUCCCAUAGAAGAUGGAACUCAAUGGUAGCAGUUCAAGUGCCCACCAGAAAUGUUCUUCGGGGGGAUCACGAGCUGCCAGCAAAAAGUCCACUGACAAAGAAGUAUUUGUUAACCAUGCUGAGAUAGCUUGGCAUCAAAUGAGAAAAGAAUGGGUUGGUAAUCGAUCCAAAAAAUUGGAAAGACCUCCUAAAGAUUCAAUCGUGAGCUUAACAACAACUUAUGAGGAUCUACUUUUGUCCACAGCGCCUUUUCAACAGCCAAUAUCAUUAACUGAGAUGGUUGAUUUUUUAGUGGAUUUUUGGCACGAAGAAGGUCUCUAUGAUUAAAUUUCAUAUUAUUGUAAGCUUCGGUAAGAAUCUUGCACGGUUUUGUUUGUAAUUGUGCUGAUUGUUGCUGAGGUAAACAAGCUUUGGACAAGUUCGUGGAAGAUCCCUAUACCAUUGGAUUGAUUAUUAUGAUAGUAAAGUUUAUUCUCUUGAUAA